UGACGGGUUUUCACAAACACGCUCUCGUGUUGUUUUACGUUUUUGAGUCGGGGUGAGUAUUUGCUGACGCUCCCUCUGACGAUUGAACCGUCCCGUCAUACCUCGCGUGGCCAACGGCUCUCUCCGCCGAACGCUCGCUCAUUGAAAUAUCGCACUCCGCCUGCUCCGCUCGGUUUACCGGGAUAAAUUGCAGCUCACCGGGUCGGACUAGCUCAUUUAAACACCGGCUGUCUGCCACACACUUCCCCGGCCUGCUGUUUAUCCGACUGCGGCGGUGGAGCGUGCUUUCCUGGGCUCGCUGGCUGGGUUUGGUCGGGGAGGCAGGGGGAAGUACGGAGCUGGUCCCGAGUGAUGAUGGAGCUGGAGUCGGCCAGUAAUAGAGGCGAACUGGGAGCUGUGGGGGACUCGCUGCAGCCACAGACUCCCAGCAGGCACGAAAAGAGCUUAGGGCUGCUCACGACCAAGUUUGUGACUUUACUACAGGAGGCAAAAGACGGAGUGCUGGAUCUGAAAGCGGCGGCUGAUACCUUGGCAGUGCGACAGAAACGACGCAUCUACGAUAUCACUAACGUGUUGGAAGGAAUUGGGCUGAUAGAGAAGAAGUCGAAGAACAGCAUCCAAUGGAAGGGUGUUGGUCCAGGCUGCAACACCAGAGAAAUUGCAGAUAAGCUGAUUGAUCUGAAGGCCGAGCUAGAUGACCUGGCUGUCAGGGAACACGAGUUGGACCAGCAGAGAGUCUGGGUUCAACAGAGCAUCAAGAAUGUCACAGACGACUCCAACAACAGCCCUAUGGCAUAUAUAAAACAUGAAGACCUCUGUGGAGCUUUCAAAGGUGACACACUCCUAGCAAUCCGUGCUCCCAUUGGCACGCAACUAGAGGUCCCCAUACCAGAAGCUGUCCUUAACGGCCAGAGGAAAUACCAGAUUCGUCUCAAGAGUUCAUCUGGUCCCAUCGAGGUUUUGCUGGUCAAUAAGGACCCGUCCAGUGCCUCUCCUGUUGUUUUGCCCGUCCCUCCUCCAGAUGAUGUCCUUCAAAGCCUCCCAGCACCAACACCUACCUCUCUGCCGCCCACUGCUGUCUCCCAGGUCCCCAAAGCAGCUCUAGCAACUCCUACAAAACCUGGGCCUGCCACAACGUCAGCUACAGCAGCCAACCAGACAGCCUCAGUGACCGAAGUGACGAGCACCACGCCACUCACACCAACAACAGAUACACCUGCUGCAGUUACUCAACAACUACAGUCUUCUGCCUCGUUGGAUGGUUCUGCUUCCUCUUCUGCCUCAGCAGCGUUCGAACCAAUUAAGUCGGAUCCCUCUGAAUUGCUGGACUUUCCCAAAGAGCUCUCAGACAUGUUUGAUCCAACAAAAGAGAUCAUGAGUGGAGACCUGCUGGAGGACUUGAUGUCAUCAGAAGUGUUCUCGCCUCUCCUGCGUCUGUCCCCUCCGCCCAGCGACCACGACUACAUAUACAACCUGGAUGAGACAGAAGGCCUGUGUGACCUCUUUGACGUCCCCAUUCUCAACCUCUGACCCCUGCGAUUGUUGUCAGAGUGGGAAGCAGUUUCCCAAUUGUGCUAAUCUACCUUCAUUUUCUCCCAAGAACCCCCCACACGCCCACACAUACACACACACACACACACACACACAAACACACACACUCCCCUCACUGACUGUGAAGGUGAGAAGAGCUACAGAAGGGCCAAUAUGAUCUGAUGAGCUUCAAGGACACCUCUGCACUGACACACUGAUCUCAAGCUGAGCUCAGUCAGACAGCGCUCGAUGUACAGCCUCGUGAUGAAAUACAGGCAAGAACAAAACAUUUUACUUACUGCUUUUCCAAGAGACAUACUCAAGAUAAAUGAGGAAUAAUUAUAUUUUUGGAUUGUUAUGUAUGAUAAAAUGUCAUGUUUGUGUAUCAGCUUUCCCGUGUGCUUGUGAGCGAACAUGCGUGGGCAUACUUUACGUGAGUGCGCUCGUGUGUUUGUGCGUGUGCUUGAGUUUUGUAUUGAACGCUCUCUUUAACUUGAGUCAGACGUCUCCAGGAAAAAAAGAAAGAAAGAAAAAACCUUUUUCUUAUCAGGUAAAAAGUCAUGGCAAACUAACAGAGCACUGCCUUUAUCACCCGGCAGCUGCUCAUGCAUGGCUUGAGUCCACAGCUGGUCAAAUAAUAUGCACUGUCCUCAUGUACAUAGAGAAUAUAUAUUUUGUAUUACCGGCACACAAAACUAUGGUGUAUUAACUACAUUUGUAACACAGCCAGAGCAAUAGUUUGCAAACAAACAAAGGUUCCAGACUCAAAUAAUCGUACUAUAUGUAUGAAGUGCUUUGUUUUUAUGAAUCUGUCAUAAUCAAGCCUUUCAGUGUAAGUGUUUUUGUGUGCCAGUUUUAGAAACGGUAUCUUAAUGUUGAGUUACUAAAGCCAAUCAACUUUAAAGAAGGAGCCAAACACCAAAACAAUGGAAAGGUUUUUCCAUUCUAGGGUUUUAAAAUUCUACCUUUUUGAUAUGAAAUAAAGUGUCUAAACGCUCCACAUUGUGGCUACCUUGAUCUUAAACUGGUUCAGUAUUGGCACAUUUACACUGAAGUGUUUAUUAUAAAUAAAAAAACAGGCUUGCUUUGAGAUUCGUUUUUCCUCUGGACUUUUGGAUUUUGCAGAUUUUUAUUGGCUCUGAUAUAUAUGUAACAUAACUGGUGUACGUCAGAGAAAAAGCUUUUUCUUCUCCCUUCUUUCUCCAAAAUGACUUCUGUGGCGAUUGUCUUUCAAUUAUAAUGUAUGUAUAUGAAUACCAUUGUACUGAGUUCAUUUGUAUGUAAAGGGACAUGUAUGUAUUUCUAAUGUAUUUUUACUGAUGCAGUGAAUAUAGUCACCAUGCCAUGAAAAAUGCGCCUGUUUUUUUUUUUUUUUGCUUGUUUUGUAUAUUUGGCACAGAUCUCUAUUCAUUAGUUUUGUUUGUGUUCUCUCUGUUUCUGUUAAAUGCUGCAAAUCACUCUAAAUGUAAUUAAUUUUUCAACUCUAAUCAUUUUCUCUGUGCAGGGGGCAGGUGAGUAGCAGUUCAGGCUGAGUUGUUACAAGUCAGACUGUUAAAGUACAAUAUUUACAUUAUUCAUAUUUCUACAGUGCUUUCUUCUUUUUGUGUAAUGUGCUGUUUUGCCCUGGAUGAAAUGUAUGUAUGUACAGUCUGUACUGUGUAUAUCCCUCUCUACCGCUUGUAUAGAAUAGCAUUUAUUUUUUAUACCUGAUAGAUAUAUUAUUACUGCUACUAAUUUGGGGCUAAACUUCAUAGUUUAAGGAUGUUAUCCACACAAAACCCUGCUUAAUCAAAGCAUCAGUCUCAUUGUUGCACUUUACAUCACUGUGGACAGAUUUGUCGCUACUCAUCUACUCCUUGAUCAGUAGCCAGUCAUUGUGUUUGGACAGUGUUGUGAGUUUGCCUAAUCCUUCAAUAGCACAGCCAUGGAGUUCAACAGUACUGAAUGAAUUGUGUGAGUGUGUGUGUGUGAGAGAAAGAGAGAGUGUGAGUGUGUGUGUGUGUGUGAUGGCAUGUGAGAGCCAGUCUAACAGACUGUUUUUAACAGGCUCACCAUUGCAAAGCUGUAGUUGCAUCAAAUGAAACAAAAUAAACACUUUGGUAUUCUU